AUGGAAGCACUGACACUCCCUGAACAAGUAGCCGUUUUAAAAGUGAAAGCUCACGGCAGACUCACUUCUUCGGAAGCUAUUGGAAACCAUUUAGCUGAUAGCACUGCUAAGGAAAUUGCUGUUGCAUCUCUACCCGAUACACCACCGCUUACGACGCCCGCUCCUUUACUUCAAGUUACAUUCUUGGACAGCAUCGAUAAACUCAAAAGCUGCCAAUCCUCGACCAGCACCGAAGAAAUCAACGGCUGGAUCAGCAAAGGAGCGACUUGUAAAGAUGGCUUAUAUUCGUGCAACAAAAAACCAUGUAUACCAAGAAGCCUCUAUCCAUCUUUAGUUCAAUGGGCUCAUGGACCUACACACGUUUCAAAGAACUUGAUGAACAACCUCAUCUCUAAACUUUACUUUGCUCCUGGAAUCACCACCCUCACAAGAAACUAUACCGCAGCCUGCACCAUCUGUGCUCAGUGUAACCCAGGUCGCAUGGUAAAACCACCAGCCUUACAUUUGGCUAAACCUCUGUAUCCUUUUCAACGUAUACAAAUCGACCACAUACAGAUGCCCAGAUGUGGUAGGUUUGAAUAUGUGCUGGUCGUCGUUGACAUGUUCUCGGGGUGGCCGGAAGCGUUCCCAGUGGCUAAUAUGACCGCUAAAACCACCGCUAAAAAGCUACUUUCCGAAAUAGUUUGCCGAUACGGAGUCCCCGAGGUGAUAGAAAGUGAUCAGGGCCCCGCUUUCACGGCAUCUGUUACUAAAGACAUUUGGACUGCUCUGGGAGUGACCCUUCACUUCCAUACACCCUACCACCCCCAAAGUAGUGGUAAAGUCGAACGUAUGAAUGGUACUCUAAAAACAAAAAUGUUAAAAAUGUCACAGGACUCGGGUAUGUUGUGGCCUGACAGUCUGCCUAUUGCUCUGUUCAGCGUUAGGUAUACACCGAGGGGGGUUAACAAUCUUUCUCCCUUUGAGAUCUUGUUUGGGUGUGCCCCUAGACUAGGUUGUUAUUUCCCACAGACCCUACAGUUACAGUUUGAUGUUUUAAAUGACUAUGUAUGUCAAUUGUCUACUGAAUUAUCUAAAGUGCAUGGUCAGGUGUUCUCCUCUAUUCCAGAUCCUGCCUCUGUGGAAGGUUCCCAUUCAUUGGUGCCAGGUGACUGGGUUCUAGUCAAGAAAUUCAUUCGCAAAUCCCCUCUCGAUCCCCGGUUUGACGGGCCCUUUCAAGUCCUGCUCACAACUGCCACCUCUGUGAAAUUGGACGGCAAGAACACCUGGAUCCACGCAUCCCACUGUAAAAAGUCCGCUCCUCCUGCAACUCCUGAUAGUGACUCUGAUUCCGCUCCAGACUCCAUCUCACCUGCAUCAUCAUGAAGUUCCUAUAUAUCCUUUUCAUCAUCUGUGGAGGGGGGGGACAAUUGAUCAUUCACAACAGCUCACCUGGCCAAGUGGCCAUAACUAAAGACAUGUCUGGUGACAGCACUUUUUGGUUCAAUUCCUCCAAUACUAGAGUGGCCACUUUCACUUUCUCCCCACUUAGCCUCGGGAAUCAAUUUGGGAAUUUUUAUACACCUAGUCUGACCCCCAGCCU